UUGAAUUAUCCCAUUAGAGCAAUAGUCAAGGUCGUGCACGGAUACAAACGCUAAGCUGUGUCAUUCCACGAUUGACUAGUUACACGCUAACUCGCUAGCCUCUGUUGUUAGCCUAGCGUCACUGCUAGCUGUUUAGCGGUUGCUAGCUCAGCCGUUCGCCCCGGGAGAUACACAGUGAGCUUUUAAACAGUUAACUCAAAUGAUUCUGUGAACUGGGUGAAAACAUUAGCUCGCUCUCCGGUGUAAGCACUGGCAGCAGCAGCAGUGAGCGUGUUUGCCGCGAAUGCUAUCGCAACGAAGGGAGCAGACGUUGCCGCACAUCUGUCACAUCGCCGCAGCAUCGCCCACAUGUCGAUCGUAUGUUAAAAUGAGUCCUGGCGAAGACGCUGGUUCGAAAUCGGCUGCGUGACAUCUGGCAUGAACGUGUAUUCGUUGUGCUGGAUGGCCCAGCGGGUUGGGCCACAUUUUAAACCCACCGCAUCCAAGGUACUUUAGGUUUCAUGUGUGUUCCUCUGCAGUGGUAUUCACACACAACACCGACUCCUGUGAUAUUUCUGGAGAGUGAUCGCCUCUCUGCAAGACAUGGGAUAGUGUGGACAGCAUCAUCAUCUGCAGCCACACAAUGGACAACGAGGAGAGCAAGGCGUGCCAAGAAGAGAAGCUUGCCUCUGCUGUGGAUGACACUCUGAAUGAAUAUUUAAUCGCCCUCCAGCACAAAAACAGGAUCCUUAAGCGCCUUAAAGCCAAAGACCCCAGGGACAUUGAGUUGGAAAAGCUUGAGCAGGGUUUUUCCAUAUAUCUUAAUGGAGCCAAUGCUGAAGCCAGUAGGAAGCUGCCCAAAAGCUCCAGCCACAAGUCUACUACCUCCUCACCUGCUUUGAGGCCUGAACGCACAGCAGAUGUCUGUAGAAGUGCCCACCAGUUAAGUGAAGACAGCCAUAAUCUGGAGCAAGCCCACGGGAAGAGGAGCCACACAGCCCCAGGAAAGGUCCAGAGGAAAGAAUGGGUGCAGAAUUCUGUCAAAGUUCGAACAGAGGAAGGACCAAAUUUACUGUUAUCUCCAGAAAAGCGCUACUCUGAGGAUUUUGAGCCCUACGAAAGCUUAGACAUGGAGAGCUCGAAUCCGCGCUCUCCUCACAGUCCCUGCUCCCCCAGGGACACAUGCAAGGUGACGCGCUCCUUCAGCUCCAGGCCUGAGAGCCAGGGAGGUCAAACAAGCCAGGAGCACAGUGAGAAGGUGCUUCUCAACCUGGAGGAGGUGAAGGCUCUGCGUCGGAGCCUGGAAGUUAACAUGAGGCGGAGCAGCCGCGACUCCGCGGGGGAGGAGUCGGAGGAAGAGUGGGUGGAGGAGCAUAUUGAGAGAGAGGAGAGCACCGAGAGUCUGGAUGAACUGGGGCUCCCUCUUUCAUCCUCCAAGUCCUCCUCUAACCCUCGGCCCAGCGGCUCCCACAGCCAUUUUGACUCUGCAAACCUCAUUGUCCUGGACUUUGCACUCUCACCUAAAGGUCGUAAGAUUCAACGUUCUCUGUCUGCAAAAAGGAAAGAAAACAUUGACACCUACAUACAAACCAAGCCUAUGUUGGUGAAGAGCAAGACGUUAGAUAGGCCACCUUCAGCAGAGACCUGGGAUGGUCAGAGGCCAAGAAGUCGUGUGGAAAGGCCACUGUCAGCAGCCAGAAAGGCUUCUGUUGAGGAGCGAGACCCAGAGGAGAUGGCGUGCCGGGUUCGCCAGGCCAUCCAGAGGGAAAACGACUCUGUGCAGAGUUCAGAGCUCUUCAGUCGCAGCACGGGCAGGGCACACCAGAUAAUAAAUGGCUUAGUGCACCACAACACCCACGACAAGAAUGAGAGCAGUGUUAGUUUGGCUAUGCAGAGAAUCACUCUUAUGGGCCCCAGGCAACAACAGAAACUGCUGAUGGCCUUGGAGAAACUUGAACCUGGGCCCAGCUACAACAUUCCUCAGAGUGUCAAAACAGACUGUAGCAAGCAGCCGAGAAUUCAGCCCUCAGCAGAGGUCACCCCAGCAUUGUAUGUUACCAUGGAGAUCCUGUCGAACUGGGGGAACGCUUUGCAAGUCGGGCUGACGGAGCUGCAGUUCUUCUGUCUCGUAAAAAAGAAGCUGUACGUUUCGCCGCACGACCUGGACAUCAGGAACGCUGACUUCCCCGGGAACCUGGGGGCACUCGUCAAUGGAAAGGCGAAGACCACCAAAGAGCGUCACAUGUGGACGUGUCCGUACCACCCUCCUAUCCAGCUCUACUUCAUCAUCAGGAACACGGAGCGCUCCCCAGACUUUGGAAUAUCCCGCAUCAAAAUCUGGAACUACAACAGAAGCCUGAAUGAGCUUGACAUUGGUGCACGGCAUAUUAAGCUGUACCUCAACAGCACAUUGGUGUUUGAAGGUGAGCUGGAGAGGGGCUGCGGCAACCAGGUCUAUGACUACAGCACCACGAUUGAUCUCCAGGAUUUCCAGAUCCCAGACUCUGUGUUUUCCAGCCCUGUGUCUUCAGGACACAAUCUGCGGGGGGUCAGCCCCCAACGCCAUGAGGACAGGAAUGGUGGGGAGGCCAGCACCAUCCAUCAACACCACAUUUCGAAUGCACAGCUAUCAGACACCCCAGGCCAGGCUAUGAUAGACAUGCAGGAGAAAUCACAUACACCGCUACCACCGAUUACUCCUUCAGAAGUGGGGGUUUCAUCCUCCUCUCGCCACUCCUCCACGCAGAGAAACUAUUUCGACCUGUCUGCCUCAGAGGAGCCCCUCUCUCUCAGGCAGCAGGUGGUGCAACCAGUGCCCAUGGAGCAGACUGUCACUACCCAGCCGUCCUCGUCACGGGUGGCCCCCCAGUGGCUGCAGCCACUGAACAGGGAAGUAGCAGAGGGCUGUGAGGCCGGCAGGGAGAGGCCCAGGUGGCUUGUGCCUCAGCACUCAACAGAGCCCAAAUUACCACCGGUCUCAUCCUCUUCAAUGCUCCCGGAGCUGCCUUGUAACCCAGGCCGGGUGUGCAGAGGGACGGAGAGCGCAGUGAAUGGGAGUCAGUGGAAAGCUGACUCUCUGGACCUAAGCUGCGACCUGCUGGAGGAGCUUGGGGAGCAAAAGCCAGACAGACCCAUCAGUGGACGCAGGAGCUCAUUUCGAAACAGUGUAGUUUCCGUUUCUGCCAAACAGAUGGAGGAGCAGAACCUCAGAGCUGCAAAACUGUCAAACACAGAGGAGCCACUGUCAUUGGUGAACACCAACAGGAGGCAGUGUUUGUCUCGAGCCCAGCUGCACAGCCAGCAGGAUGAUACCCUCAUGGAGUCCUGGGACUCCCUCAUUAAAUUCAACCAAUGCCAACGUGGACGCAUCUCCAACAUGGGCUUUGAAGGUGACAUCUUUGAUGAGUUCAUCCAGCGGCAGGGCCUUGGUCCCCCCACAGUCCCAUCCAAUCCCUCCAUUGCACCCAGGAGUCCCCUCUCCUCCUUGACUGCUCAGGGGACUCUGUGCGACGUCCCUGACGAUGAUCCAUCCAUGGAGCGGGAGGAGGAGUUUGAAAUCCCGGUGCUGCCGCAGGGUCAAAGGCUGGUCAUCAACAUCUUAUCUACCUGGGGCGAUCGCCACUACGUCGGCCUCAACGGUCUGGAGGUGUUCAGCUCCAGUGGAGAGCCUCUUCGACCUGAUGACAUCCGUGCUGAUCCUCCAGACAUCAACAUUCUCCCUGCAUAUGGCAAAGACCCUCGUGUUGUAACCAACUUGACUGACGGCAUCAAUCGCACACAGGACGACAUGCAUCUUUGGUUGGCCCCGUUCACACCUGGUCGUAACCACACCAUCUUCCUGGACUUCGGAGCUCCCUACCAAGUGGCCAUGAUCCGUGUGUGGAACUACAACAAGUCUCGCAUCCACUCUUUCCGAGGGGUGAAAGAGGUGGAAAUGCUCUUGGAUGGAAGGUGCAUCUUCAGGGGAGAGAUUGCCAAAGCUUCAGGCACCCUGUCUGGAGAGCUGGACCAGUUUGGGGACACUAUCCUGUUCACCACUGAUGAUGACAUCCUGGAGGCCAUGUCUCGUUUUGAUGAAACCUUCCUCAGUGAAGGUGAGGAUCGUGAGAGUCUGGUGAAUGAGGAGGAGCUGCAGAGGCCGCGCACCGCCGAUGGAGAGGGAGAGGAAAGACCCUUCACACAGGCCGGUUUCCGAGAGGAAGACCUCGCUUUGAAACUUCACCUCAAUCCCACUGUUAGCCAGUCUGAGGAGAGCAUGGAACAUAUUCCAGGGAUGUUCACUGGAAAGUUCCUCAGACUAGAGCUGUUGUUCACUUGGGGGGACUCCCACUACAUGGGCCUGACUGGAUUGGAGGUGGUGGGGAAAGAUGGAGAGUAUUUACCUUUAGACCUCAGUGCAAUGGCUGCGUCACCCAGCGACCUCAACGACCUGCCUGAGUACGGACACGACCUGCGAACACUCGAUAAGCUUGUUGAUGGCCACAACAUUACCACGGAUGACCAGCACAUGUGGCUGAUCCCUUUCUCCCGUGGAGAGCCCCACACCCUGAACAUUACCUUCAACAAGGCCCAGACCAUCGCAGGACUCCGCAUCUGGAACUACAACAAGUCUCCUGAGGACUCUUACAGAGGGGUGAAGUUGAUCCAUGUUUUUAUGGACGAUGUCGCAAUCUCCCCAACGGAGGGAUUCCUGAUCAGGAAAGGACCGGGCAACUGCCACUUUGACUUUGCACAGGAGAUCCUCUUCGUCGACUUCCUGCAAACGCCCACAGACAAGAGUGCUGAAGACUAUCAUAAAGUGAGCUCUAAGAAACAAGAGCAGGCCAGCAUGGACUAUGAAGCUCCCAUCAUGCCUUGUGGCUUCAUUUUUCAGCUGCAGCUUUUAACAACCUGGGGAGAUCCGUACUACAUCGGCCUCAACGGCCUUGAGUUUUACGACCACAACCACGAGAAGAUCAGUCUCAGUGACAACAACAUCGCUGCUUUUCCCGACAGUGUGAACGUGCUGGACCAUGUGAGUGGUGACGUGAGGACGCCAGAUAAAUUAAUAGAUGGAGUCAACAGUACCCUUGAUGGAAGACAUAUGUGGUUAGCCCCGGUUCUCCCAGGCCUGGUGAACCGUGUGUACGUCAUCUUUGAUCAGCCGGUGACCGUGUCGAUGAUCAAGCUGUGGAACUACUCCAAGACUCCACAGAGGGGAGUGAAGGAGUUUGGGCUGCUGGUGGACGACCUCCUCGUCUAUAACGGCAUCUUGGACAGUGUAAGCCACGCGGCACGGGGCAUUCUGCCAACCUGUGAUCCAGUGGUGCCCUACCACACCAUCCUGUUCACGGACGAUGCCUACAUCGCACACCGUGAGAGGAACACUGUUAUCAGCCCCCGCGGCAGCCGCCACCACCAACAUAAUUAUGUGGAGGAUCAGGAUGUGAAGAUGACCAAUGAGAACCAGAUAGUCCAUCACAACAAGAAGAAGCAGACGGCCGAUCCAGCUCUUCGACCUAAGACCUGCAUGACUGAUGGUGGGAAACAUGGCAAGAGGAGGUACUGACUUUUUAAAGCCACUUUCUGGUGGGUGACCUCUGAAAACCUCCCUCACAAUGAGAUCCACAUCAGCCACCGAGCCGUGGUUUGUAGUGUUGGCUUGACAUGACACUGAAGAGGACAGAGGCUGAACAAUGGGUUCACACACACUCUCACAGAAUUCCACUUUAUGGUUGGAUCACUCCCCUUCUUCCCUUGCUCUGUCCAAACACCCACACAUACAUAUUAUCUCUACCACGUACCACGUCGUUGCCCUGGUCGUCCAUCCAACAGUGCCAGGAUAAAUCUGUGAGGCUGCAUUUUAUCAGCCCUGUUAUUGUGCCUCGUACCUAACACUAUAUCUGUGGCUGCUACUUGUGACUUUUGUGCUGCAUAUUUAAAUGCUGCUUGUGGCGUGUUGAGAAAAAAGAAAGAAAAGAAAGAAGAUCACAUCAGGAUGUGGCUCAUGCUACAUUUCUCACUGAUCCACUGAUGAGCCUGAUCGAUCAGCUCGUUGUCUCGUAGGUCUGAGACCUGGCGAACACUCCCUACCACCAGUUGUAAUGCUAUGCAGACACUAAUUUAUAUCUAUUGAUCAUUUAUACCUGGUAGCUAUUAUAUUUCAAAGCUAGUGGUUUUACUUUGGGAAGUGCUUCCACACAGGUUUUGACCUUUUACAAGAUUUGUAUUGAUGAUGAAAGUACAAGUAGUCACUUUUGUACUGUUCAAGUAAAAUUAAAAAAAGACAACUGCAUGUACAACUUCAGAGAAAAUGAAAAAAAUGUCAACAUAUAUUUGGCUCUACAGGACUUGGUCAGUUGUUUUCUGCGUAGCAUCAGGUAGAAAAAACUUGUGAUACAAGUGACCUUUUAUUGAAGUUGCUGUAAGGUAACUCAUUUCCUGAGCCAGUAAUUUUAGUAAUUUAGUCAGAAAUGGAAAUCUACAUUUUCCAGUUUAGAUUUUGAGCAGAUUCAUUAACAGACAACUUCUUAUAUGCAAAUACUCUCAACUUACCUCGAAUUGAUCCGAAUCAUUUUUAAAAAGGGAUAAAUGUGGUCGUACCUUCACUAUAGUUCUUGGCACUUGGUGUUAUACUACUCACUCAUUCAAUAUUUACUGUACUAUCUUGUUGCAUGGGAAGGUUUCUUCAGCAUUAACUGUUGUUAUCAUCUAGAAAUGUUAAGACACUUUUGUUCGGAGGAGUUUUUACUGCUUCAUUGAGGCCAGAUAUAAACUGUUCAUUACUCCUAACACCAGAUGGGGAGUCGUUGUAUAUGAAAUGCAGUUUUAUGUAUUUAAUUUCUUUAAGUCCUACAGCAGCAGUAGCCAUUACUCAGUCCUGCUCUGUGGGGUGGUGGCUGUGAUUGUAUGUAUGUAACUUUUAGUGUUUUGAAAUAUUUAAUUAUUUUUCUAAUCUUGAUUGAAUAUGUAUAUCUGAUGUAGGUUUAUUUGAUUGAAUAAAUUCUAAAAUAUA